AUGGGGAGAAGAAAUAACACUGACGUGUCUGACUUCAUCCUCAUGGGACUGACAGACUCUGAAGAGAUCCGGCUGGUCCUGUUUGAUCUCUUUCUCCUGAUAUACCUGGUUACUGUGCUGGGGAAUGCAGGGAUGAUACUGAUCAUUCGCCUGGAUAUCCAGCUGCACACCCCCAUGUAUUUUUUCCUCAGCCACUUGUCAUUUCUUGAUCUUAGUUACUCAACAGUCAUUACACCUAAAACCUUAGAGAAUUUAUUGACUUCUACCAAGUAUAUUUCAUUUGGUGGCUGUUUCACACAGAUGUAUUUUUUUGUCUUCCUGGCUGCCAGUGAAUGUUUCCUUCUCUCUUCGAUGGCCUAUGAUCGCUAUGUAGCUAUUUGCAAUCCUCUACAAUACCCAGUUAUUAUGUCCACUACACGGUGCCACUCCCUCGUCACAGCAUCCUAUGUGAUUGGCUUUAGUGACUCCUUUGUCAAUGUGAUUUGCAUGAACACAUUGCAUUUCUGUGACUCCAAUGUAGUCCAUCACUUCUUCUGUGACACAACUCCGAUUUUAGCCCUGUCCUGCACUGACACACAUGACAUUGAGCUCAUGAUAUUCAUUGUUGCUGGAUCUACUCUAAUGGUAUCUCUCAUCACCAUCUCUGUGUCCUACACAGCCAUUCUCUCAACUAUCCUGAAAAUCAGUUCCACAUCAGGAAAGCGAAAAGCAUUCUCUACCUGUGCCUCCCACCUCCUGGGAGUCACCAUCUUCUAUGGUACCAUGAUUUUUACUUAUUUAAAGCCGAGUGAGUCCUCCUCCUUGGGGAAGGACCAAAUAGCCUCUGUUUUUUAUACUAUUGUAAUCCCCAUGCUGAAUCCACUCAUUUAUAGUCUUAGGAACAAAGAAGUGAAAAAUGCUCUCAUUAGACUUGUGCAGAAGAGAGGGAGCAUCAGGCAUUUAAGAUGA